UUCGGAGUUCUCUCUAUAUAAGACUAGAUCUCUCUCUUUCUCACUCCUCUUUUCUCUCUGUAAAAGACAACAGACUUGUUGAAGUAGUGAGUUGAACCAAGACGAUGAUCAGCAUAGAGGAAUCAAAAACUCUGUUGUCGCUGCUCAACGGCGGAGACCAACGCCCUUUCGAUGAAAUCAUCACCGACUUCAACUCUAAAUUCCCUCGCGCGCUCUAUUUCAGGCUCUGCUCUUCUCUCUCCAUUCUCUUAGAGAACAAAAAGAUGCUCAAAUCUACUCAGCGUUUGGUUGCAUUUUCUAUUCUCCAUCAGACUUAUUCUUCUCAACAGCCUUCUUCAAAUCCAUUCAUAUCUGUCCUAAUAAAUGCAGCAUGUGACGAUGAAGCUGAGAAAUGUGAAAGGGCAUUUAUUCUUCAAUUGUUAGGCUCCGCCAGCUCUAGCACUAGUAAAGAGGUCCUCAAACAAUCUGCUGCAGAUUACAUCAAAAGUUUUGAUGUUUCGUCACAUGCUUUCCCACACCAUGAACAAUUGCAGCAACAGUAUAGUGAUAAAGUUCAUCCAGAACCAUUUAAUUGCUUAUUCAAGAACGCACGUGUGAAAAAUGUGGUACCUGAUCCUGAUGUACCCUGUGGUUCUGAUGAAAAUUCACCUGAGUUUGACAUGCAGCCUGGAAUUAAACCUAAAAUUGGAUCCGGUGACAGAGAUGAGACAAUAUCUGGGUUGUUACAAAAUUUGUCGCUGGAAGGAUUAGGUCCUCGGUGGAUUAGGCCUCUUCCACCAAGGCUUCCAAUACAAGAUGGAGAAUUAGUGUGGCUCAACCCUGAAAACUAUCAUGAGCUUUUAUGGGAUUACGGAAUGUGUGCUGAUACUAGCAAAGGGGCCGCAGUUAGGGAUCUAAUUGCAAAAGCUCUGAAGGGGCCACUUGCACCUGCUCAACAGGAGCAAGUCAUGGUAGAGUUAAGAAAUGACCCAAAGCUUGUAUAUCACUGUGGAUUGACACCAAGAAAGCUACCGGAACUGGUGGAGAACAAUCCCCUUAUUGCAGUUGAAGUUCUCAUCAAAUUGAUGAAUUCGCCUGAAAUUGCAGAAUACUUUACCGUUCUUGUCAAUAUGGACAUGAGUCUACAUUCAAUGGAAGUUGUGAACAGACUUACUACGGCAGUUGAGCUUCCCACUGAAUUUGUACACAUGUACAUAACUAAUUGUAUAUCCUCUUGUGAGAACAUCAAGGACAAGUACAUGCAGAACAGACUUGUGAGACUUGUAUGUGUUUUUUUGCAGAGUCUAAUCCGGAACAAAAUAAUUAAUGUUCAUGAUCUUUUCAUCGAAGUCCAAGCCUUUUGUAUUGAGUUCUCACGGAUUAGGGAAGCAGCUGGAUUAUUUAGGCUCCUUAAAACCUUGGAAUGAUGGAUAUUUUCUAUGCUUAUUUUGUUUCUUUUUUUUAGUCUAACCAAUUUUCUUCUCUACCAAUGUUCUUUUCAUAUUGUAGAUGAUAACAUUGCGAUCUAAAAGAGCCUAGUUAGUGCUUCCUCCUACCAUUUCUUCGCCUUGGAAUUUCUGUUAUCCAGUCUUUUGUACACAAUAAAAUGAGAGUUUAUUGCCCUGGUGGCCUUUUCGCGCA